CGCUCCAUCCAAACUCCAAGCCCUAACACGUACUCCUACAUUAGUAGUUAAUCAACGGACAUAUCGAUUAAUCUAUAGGCAUCUACGGCCAAUGUCGUCUCUGCUGUGGCGUUCUGCCGCCGCCGCCGCCCGACGGCAGCUCGGCCGGCCGCCCUCCCCGAGGACGACGAUUCGCUCCAUGGCCUCCUCCUCCUCCUCCUGCUCCUCAUCGGAGAAAACAAAGCAGGGAGCAGGCUGGCUCAUCAUUGCCAACAUCCUUAUAUUUAAUGCGUGGAUCUAUAGCCUGAACAACAAGACCAAUGCGCACACGGAGGAGAUGAGGAGCGUCCGGCAGGAGAUUCAGAGGCUGCAGGCGUCCAACGCCGAGCUCAAGCGCGAUCUCGCAAACCGAGCAAAUUGAGAGAUAUUUGCGCGCUACUUGCCGCGUAGCGUUGGUGCAUUGCACGCGCAUAAUUGCUAGUUAUUAAUACUAGUAAAUGCGCACGUGCAAUGCACGUGUAAUCUUAAGAUUUGUUUUUGUUCAUUCUAGUUAGCACUUAUAUGCUUAUCGCCAUGUUCAGGGUGUAAUAAUGCACGAUGCAUCAUCUUGGGGGUAUAAUAAUGUACAAUGCAACAAAGUCUA